AGUUAAUUUCACCAUGUCUGUCAGCUACAAAAAGGCCCUCUCCUUCCCACCCCUCCCCCCUCCCUAGCAUCAUUCUCACUCUCUCAGGCAUCCACAAACACUUUUUUCCCCUCUUCAAAAGCAACGUUUCUUUCACACUAACAUGGCUAGACCACAACAACGAUAUCGAGGUGUCCGACAAAGGCAUUGGGGUUCUUGGGUUUCUGAAAUUCGCCAUCCUAUCUUGAAAACUAGAAUUUGGCUGGGAACAUUCGAAACUGCAGAAGACGCGGCUCGCGCUUACGAUGAAGCUGCAAGGCUUAUGUGUGGGCCGAGAGCUAGAACAAACUUCCCUUAUAAUCCAAAUGCAACACAAUCAUCAUCAUCCAAGAUACUAUCAGCAACUUUGACAGCUAAACUACAUAAAUGCUACAUGGCUUCACUUCAAAUGACCAAACAACAACCACUGAAGGAGCCAAAAAGUGAGCCACCAACACCACAUGUCAUCAGCAACAAUUGCAUUGCAGGUAGAGACAAUGGAAUGGGAGUUCACCUGCUGGAGAAGAGACCAUUGCCAGUUCAAGAGACUGAAACCAAUCGGGUUGUCAAGAAAGCUCAAGUACCGUUCAAAUCUCUUGAAGAGGAUCACAUUGAACAAAUGAUUGAGGAGUUGCUUGACUAUGGCUCCAUUGAACUAUGUCCAUAGGAUAUCCACCAUUCCUUUCUUCUUUCUCUCUACAUUUCUCCCCUUUUCUCCCUUUCAUCAUCGUUGGAAACAACAGCCUUGAGGAGUUAAGGCUGGCUUGGUCUUCAGUCUUUACACUUUAUUCCAUGCCAGUGGCAUUGAUUCGCUAAUGUAACCCAUUCUUAAGCAACCUUGAACCUUCCUUUAGACCCUAGCGUCUACCAUGUUACGGUGUACAGAAGCUCUGUUAUGAUAUAUGAUAUUAUCAUCUGCUCUGUCUCUUGCUUUUCGAUCAUGGAUUCGGAGGAUGAAAUGUAGGAGUUUCC